AGCCGAUACCCUUCGCCGCACCAACACUCUCCUUAUUCAUCAGAUUAGAUUCGUGUUGGUACAGAACGGGAAGCGACAUGAAUCUGUUGGACCGGCAGCUCAUGGGGAACUACGAUGUCUCGUGAGAAAUGAUUUGGUUAAGGCAUUGGCUGAUGCUCUUCCUCAAGGAACUAUCCGAUUUGGAUAUCAUAUUGUCUCGAUGAAGCUAGACGAGACAACGUCGUUUCCGAUUCUCGAGGCCAAGAACAAAAGGAGUAUCAAAGCAAAGGUCGUAAUUGGAUGCGACGGUUCGAACUCGGUGGUCGCGAAUUUUCUACAGCUAAACCCGACAAAAGCCUUAGGUCCUCGUGUUGUACGAGGAUUCACGAGUUAUCCGAGCGGCCAUGGAUUUCCACCAGAGUUUUCAAGAAUCAAGAUUGGCAACAUCGUAUGCGGAAGAAUUCCCGUUACUGACAAGCUGGUCGUUUGGCUGACCAGUCUUCAUCAUAACUCUCAAGGUACGUACGUACAUAAUACAUUGUUUUCAGAUAGUACAUAUAACAUUCUGGAGAUAUUUGUGUUAAAGUAGGAAAAUGAAUAUGUGAUUGGAGGAAAAUCUAGAUU